AUGAUGCUCGCUAUGUUUAAUCAAUACGAAGACAUCUUCCUGCUUCGACCUUCAGAAGUCUAUUGUAUAUUGCCUAACGACGAAUACAAAAUAAUAAAUUCAAGUCUAUGUGUCGUAACUUUUCAAAACAAUGGGACCGAAGACUAUAGAUGUAAUAAGUGGCAUUUAAAAUUUUUGUGGUUCAUUUGGCUGAAAAAGACGUGGCUCGUGUUUUGUGACCAGAAAAUGAAGUUGCUAUCAACGGCCAUUAUAAGCCGUUUUGGUUUAGUCUUUGGCUUUAUCAUAUUCGGCUUGAUCGCAGACAGUUGUGGAAGAAGAAUAGCUAUUCUAUUGGAUGUGGUCACGGAACUAAUCCUUGGUUUGGUGAUCACAUUCUGUGAUGCAGAAGGAUGGUUUCGUCUCGUGGCCUUUUUGAGGUCGCUGCUAGGAAGCGCUAGCUUCUUUAUGGGACUAAUACUGGUUUGUGAGAUAGCGAGCAACAGUUGGCGUUCAUGGUUAUGUGUUAUAGUGAUGUUCCCAAGAUUGUUAGCCUUAGCAUGCAUGGUCCCCAUAGCCAACAGUGCACCAAACACGGAAACAUACAGUUUUAUCUCAUGCAUUUACGCAGUUAUAUGUAUGACAAUCCUAUUGAGGUGGAGCUCCGAAUCACCUCAAUGGUUGUUGUAUAACAGAAAAAUAUACAUCGCAGAAAUGAUUCUAAUAAAAGCUGCAAAAACAAACGGCAUCAAACUCUGCCAGGAUUUCAAGAUAAGGCCUGUUAACCACAGAGUACGUCUGCGUAUGACACGUUGGACGAAACCAAUACAUGCAUCAAAAUGCUAUCAACGUAUAACGUACGAGUUCUGUUCUUAG